CCAAAAAGCUCGCAAUGAUUUUCGGUGUCGCCAGCUGAAGGAGCGAGUGUGCGUUAGAUCAUGGCUCAAAGCAAGUAAGAGCGAUUUCCCCCUGUGCUGUGAGUUCGCAGCACGAGUCAUUGGUGCGCGCUCCGCCUGUGUGUCUGUCCCUCUCAGGACCUCCCAUGAGUUCUUGGCUCAGAACAAGUACAUCAUUAUGCAUCAGCUGGGCGCUGGCUGCUUCGGCAAGGUGAGGCUCCAUAUACUUACUUAUACGAACCGGGCUUGGCUUACCGGCUGUCAGUGCAAAUGGUGAUUGAUGUGCGGUGGGUAUGUGGCUGCACCAGGUGUUCAAGGCCCGUCGUCGCUAUACGGGUCAGAUCGUAGCGCUCAAGUUCAUUCCGAAGCGUGGCAAGACCGACCGUGACUUGAGCAGCCUGCGGCAGGAGAUCAACAUCCUCAAGCGGCUGCGGCACGACAACAUCAUACUCAUGCUCGACAGCUUCGAGACCGCCGAGGAGAUCUGUGUCGUCACCGAAUUCGCACAGGGGGAGCUAUUCGAUGUCUUUAGGGACGAAAAGAAACUGCCCGAAAAUGAGGUGGGCAGGGGUCGGUGGCUGUGCGGGUGGAAAAUUCGGGCGUGUGUGUUGCGUGUGCGUCAGGUUCGUUGGAUAGCAUCCCAGUUGGUGUCUGCGCUGCACUAUCUGCACCGCAACCGGAUCAUUCACCGCGACCUGAAGCCGCAGAACAUCUUGGUGGGCGCCAACCGUGUGGUCAAGGUGUGUGACUUCGGGUUCGCGAGGGCCCUCUCCGACCAGACCCACUGCCUGCACUCCAUCAAGGGCACCCCACUCUACAUGGCACCUGAACUCGUACAAGAAAAGUCUUACGACGUCAAAGCUGACCUCUGGUGUGAAAAACAGUCAAGGGGCCGGGAGGGAGGGAGGCAACGGGGACCUUGGCUUGGCAGGGAGCUUGCGGGCAGGCAGGCAGGCAGGCAGUCUGGCAGAAACACUCAGCCAUCCAAUCCACUGACCUGAUGUGUGUGUGUUUGUGUGUCUUUCUUUCUGUCUUAUGUGUGUGUCAGGUCGCUUGGUGUGAUAGUAUACGAGUUGUAUGUGGGGAAGCCCCCUUUCUACACCCAGUCGCUGUACAGUCUCAUUCACAUGAUCGUACAAAACCCCGUCACAUACCCGCAGACCAUGAGGUACCUACCGAGGGAGGGAUACACACCACGAGGGUCGCCUCGCCACCCACCCAAUGCUGUCUGUCUGUGUGGGUUGAUGUGAUGCAGCCCCACGUUCCGCAGUUUCCUGGACGCCAUAUUGCAGAAGGACCCGACCAAUCGGUUGCCAACCGAACAGCUGGCCAAGCACCCAUUCAUCGCCACUCAUGCACGCUGAACGGACAGCAUGAGGACGUCGGUCUGUCGGGUGGGCGCUUGUAAUGGUCUGGG